UGGCGUCAGACGCAGCCGCGAUCACAUGGUUUUCAAAUCACGUGACCCAUGGGGAGUCCGCGAUGGCUAGAUAUGAACCUCUUCGUUGAGGGAUCCUGAACGGAGGCGUGAGCCGAGUAUUUAUUCGCACCAUAUCAGUAACCGCGUUAAUUUCAGUAUGCAUCCUGUAAUGGUGUGUAUCCCUUCCUUCCGAUCGGAAGACAGCACGAUGGAGAAAGGCUACACGGUGUUCAAGAUCGAGGUGCUGAUGAGCGGGCGGCAGCACACCGUGGAGAAGCGCUACAGCGAGUUCCAUGCGUUGCACAAAAACUUGAAGAAGGUUAUGAAGCCACCUGAAAUACCAUCCAAACAUGUCCGCAAUUGGGUUCCCAAGGUUCUGGAGCAGAGACGUCUUGGUCUGGAACAGUACUUGCAGACAAUAAUCAUGGAGAACGACGUCCUUCCAAAGAUAUUUCUAGACUUUCUCAAUAUUCGCCACUUUCCUUCCUUGCCGAAGACGGAGAGUUGUGGAUCCCUUGAAGCAGAAUCGGAAGAAUCCAGUAAACUAUCCCAUCAGCCUGUCCUGCUGUUCCUGAGGGACCCAUACGUUUUGCCAGCUGCCAAUGAUACAUUUUCAAAUGUGAUCAUAGAGGGUGUGAUUCAUGGAAUAUUUUUCCCCGACCUGCAGCCAAGGUAGAUCAGACAAUGAUCUUCAGGACCGAUUCGGAUUUUUCAGCAAAAGGGAUUAAACAACAUUGCAGCAUGUCGGGGUUUACAUGUAGAAGUACAUACAUGUAUUUUACCAUAUUCUCCUUAUCCACAAAGGGGUUUUCAUAACAGAUGUGUAUAUUUCCAGCAGAUGUAAUAAUGUGAAUAAUGAGAUGAAACUGACCCAUCGAUUUGAUGAUGGCUUUGCUUCAAAUGAAACAAAACCAGCGAUUCACGCUUCAUUUUUCUAUGAACUGACGUGCACUGUGUUAAAUGUCAUGCUAACAGGCCUGUUUUUUUUUGUUUUGUUUUAACUCACAAGGAAGAUGAUAAUCUGUUUUUAACACAAAUGAAAAUAAUGGAAUUUACAAGGGAACUGGUUGUGUGUGAUUUAAUCGUUAUUGUUGUUGAGAACACAUGGGUUGUGUAGCGGGAGCUCUGGUCUCCAGUUGGAGAGGUAGAGUUGAGGCAGCUGGACGGAUGUGUUACUGUUGCUGUUACUGCCUUGUUUUGUAAAUGCGUGAGUAUCUGUAAUCAAACGCCAGUCAAAGUUGCACACUGAUUUAAACGUGAUGCAUUAAUUCUUUGGAACAGUAAUACUCACACACGGUGCUGCUUUUGACAUGCGCCGGUUAAUUAUCCUUGAAUGCACACGGUCAUCCUGAAAGGCGUUUGUCGCCCAUGCACAUCUGGGAGAUGGACAAACACCGUUCGUCGUCAAAGGGACUGCAUUUUGGAGCCCUGAGUUGAUGUAAUGUCACAGUUUGUAUAGAUUCUGAGAAGUUCGAAAACGGAUGUCGUAGAUGUGUGGUUACAUGGAGACACGCGGCAUUGCCGAUUCAUUGGCAUGUUGUGCGUAUUUUAAGUGGUCAUAAAAAAGUGAUAUUUCAGAACACUAGCCUACUGAUAUGUCUUACACUCCAACAUUCUUGUCCCGACCUAGUAAUGUUAACUUUUGUUUUCAAAGGGACAGGUGCGAUCCGUUAUCUAUGGGACACUGAUGUGAUGUGAUGCUUAUGUACCCAAGACUAACAUUUAACUUUUAGCACUUUAACCAUGUGCAGGACUAUGUAAAGGUGAAUAAAUAGAAGAGAGCAAUAAAAUAUAAAAUAAACGUC